AUGCUUUCUUCCACUGUAAAUCCCAUCGUCUUUGAGUCCUACCCCGACCGCGGGUUACAAGCGUAUAGCGUCGUUUUGGGUGCGUGGUUGGCUCUGUUUCCAGCCUCCGGGCUCCUUAACUCAACUGGUAUUUUCCAAGCAUGGAUCGUCGUCAAUCAACUCCACAAAUACUCAGAGCCUCAAAUCGCGUGGAUAUUUAGCACUUUCGCCUUCCUUUUUUUCUUUGGGGGCAUUCAGGCGGGUCCAAUAUUCGAUAGAUAUGGACCUAAAUACUUGUUCCCUACUGGGGCAUGUGGCUUAGUCGUCGCGCUGUUAUGUACGAGUUUCUGUACAGAAGAAUACUAUCAGUUCAUGCUUGCAUUUGGGUGUCUUGGUGGUCUCUCUUCUUCAAUCAUAUGGACUACCAGCAUCGCCACCCUUGGACAUUGGUUCCUGCAAAAUCGAGGACUGGCAACUGGUCUUGCGACCACCGCUGGAGGCAUUGGGGGUCUUUGCUAUCCUCUUGCCUUUUCACAUCUUUCACGUCGAAUUGGGUUUCCCUGGACAUUGCGAUGUUUUGCACUCAUUACUCUGCUGUGCUUCUUAGCCAGUAUACCCUUACUCAAGACACGGCUCCCUGCAAACCCAACUUCACGGGUUCUUCUUGACUGGAAGGGCUUCAAAGACACAAGGUUCACACUGACAAUGAUGGCCAUAUUUAUUCUGGAUUGGGCUGUUUUGGUGCCUCCAGCAUACAUCACCACAUACACUUCCUCACAUGGACUCAGUGAUCUUUCUCCUAACAUACUGGCCAUUCUCAACUCGGCAUCUACCUUGGGACGUUGUCUACCUGGGAUUGUUGCCGACAGGGUCGGUCGGUUCAAUGUUAUGAUCAUUUGCGCGAUUCUCUCCACCUUAUCAAUCUUUUGCUUAUGGCUUCAAGCAGAGUCUAACGCUGCUGUUGUCAUUUCCUUCGCUGUAACCUAUGGCUUUUUCAGCGGAACCGCUUUCAGCUUGACGCCAGUAUGUGUGGCUCAGCUCUGCAAAACAGAAGAAUAUGCCACAAGGUAUGGAACGGCCUAUGGCGUGGUGAGCUUUGCUACAUUGGCUGGAGUUCCCCUCUCGGGACUCGUUUUAGGCACAAGUGACGGCAACCACUACACCGCCUUAGUUCUAUUCUGUGGCACAGCAUAUGCAGUCUCAGCUCUUCUCUUUAUUUGUGCCAAGGGAAUGAGUAAAGAUUGGAGGCUCUUGUCAAUAUUCUAG